CCAUGACUUCAAAAAACAAUCAGCUUGAGAUCUCUUCUUUCUGGUUUAACUUCACACUGAGCUGCAGACAUACACAGAGAACAACAUGGAUGUAAGAAAGGAGACAGCGGCUGAGGAUGAUGGAGACAGCAGAGGAGAAGGCGCGGCCCAGCACCAGGAUUUGUCCCCCCCACUGCUGCCCACCCCAGCUGCUGCUGCUGCUGCUGGUGACAGUGACACUGAUGCCAAAGGUGCACCCAUAUGGCUUUCGCAACUGCAUUGAGGAUGUCAGGGCAUCUUUGCGCUUCCGCUGCAUCCAGCGCUUCCUGGAGUCGCCGGCCCUGGCAGUGUCUGACCUGCCACCACACGCCGUCUCACUCAAUCUGUCAUACAACUUAAUGCGCUGCCUGCAGCCCUCUGCCUUUGCCCGCCUGCCACGGCUGCUCACCCUGGACCUGGCCUACAACCAUCUGGAGACCCUUUCCCCUGGUGCCUUCAAUGGAUUGGGUGUGCUGGUGAUGCUGAACCUGUCUCACAAUCGUCUGACCACACUCGCCGAAGGGGUGUUCAACAGUUUGGGCAACCUGUCCUCGCUGUGGGUACAGCAUAACCCCCUGAGCACGGUGUCACCUGGUGCUCUGCUCCCCCUGCUCAACCUGCGCCGUCUGUCUCUGCGGGGCGGGCAGCUGAACGGCUUGGGGGCGGUGGCAGUGGCGGUGCAGGGCUUGGCACAGCUGGAGCAUUUGGAUCUAUGUGAAAACAACCUGACAACGCUGGGGCCAGGCCCACCACUACCCGCCUCGCUGCACACCCUGCAGCUGUGCAACAACUCGCUGGGGGAUUUAGCAGGGGGGAGCCCAGAGAUGCUAUGGCACGUGAAGAUACUCGACCUCUCCUACAACAGUAUCUCACAGGCGGAGGCCUUCGCCCAGCUCCAGCUGCGCAACAUCAGCCUGCUCCAGCUGAUGGGCAACCCCUUGGAUGUCUUCCGCCUGUUGGACAUCUCUGACAUCCAGCCUCGCAGCCUGGAUUUCUCUGGGCUGGUGUUGGGGACUCAUGGGCUGAAAAAGGUGUGCCUGAGGCUGCAGGGUCCCCGGGCCUUGCAGCGGCUGCGGCUACAACGCAACGGGCUGAAGGUGCUGCAGUGUAAUGCGCUGGCGUCGUGUCCUGUGCUGCAAGAGCUGGACCUGUCCUGGAACCGGCUGCAGCAGGUGGGCUGUGCUGGCCAGCUGCUGGGCAAGAAGCAGCAGGAGGAGCUGGAAGUGCUGACAGUGGAGCACAACCUGCUGAAGAAACUGCCGUCUUGCCAGGGGGCCCAGGUGCUGCCACGGCUGUACAACAUUUCCUUCCGCUUUAACCGCAUCCUGACUGUUGGGUUCCAUGCCUUCGCCUACGCCCCGGCCCUGCAGGUGUUGCAGCUCAAUAUUAACAGUCUGGUGUUUCUGGACAGGCAGGCACUGCGGGGGCUGCACAACCUGACAGAGCUGCGUCUGGACAACAAUCUGCUGACUGAUCUCUACAACAACUCCUUCAUUGACCUCCACAGCCUGCGCACCCUCAACCUGCGCAACAACCGUGUCUCCGUCCUCUUCCCCGGUGUCUUCCAGGGGCUGUCUGAGCUGCAGACGCUGGAUUUAGGGGGCAACAACUUGCGCCACCUGGCCUCACAGUCACUGCAGGGACUGUCCAAACUGCGUAGGCUGUACCUGGACCGCAACAGACUGUUGGAGGUGAGCAGCAGAGUGUUUGCCCCGGUGCAGGCUACCCUAGGGGUGCUGGACCUGCGGGCCAACAACCUGCAGUACAUCUCACAGUGGCUGCACCAGCCACCACCCUUCCGCUACCUGAGCAGCCUGUACGACCUUAAGCUGCAGGCGCAGCAGCCCUAUGGGCUGAAGAUGCUGCCUCACCACUUCUUCCAGGGCUUGGUGGAGCUGCAGUGGCUGUCGCUGUCGCAGAACAUGCUGCGGGCCAUCCCACCAGAUGUCUUCGAGGACCUGGGCAAGCUGCGCUCCCUGACAUUGGCUGACAGCAGCAAUGGGAUACAUGACCUGCCUGAGGGCAUCUUCAGAAACCUGAGUAACCUGCAGUUCCUGGACCUGGAGAAUGUAGGUCUGCACUCACUCACUCUGGAGGUUUUCGGCAACCUCAGCCAGCUGCAGGUGCUGCGCUUGGCCAGGAACGAGCUGAAGACCUUCAAUGCCAGUGUUGCCAGCCGGCUGUCCUCCUUGCGCUAUGUGGACCUGCGCAAGUGUCCGCUGAGCUGCACCUGUGACAACACGUGGCUGCAGGGCUGGCUGAACAACAGCCGUGUGCAGGUUGUCUACCCCUACAACUACACCUGCGGCUCACAGCGCAAUGCCUACGUCCACAGCUUUGACACACGUGUCUGCUUCCUGGACCUGGGGCUCUAUCUCUUCGCUGGGACUGCACCGGCAGUGCUGCUGCUGCUGGUGGUGCCGUUGGUGUACCACCGCACCUACUGGAGGCUGAGGUACCACUGGUACCUCCUGCGGUGCUGGGUCAACCAGCGGUGGCGGCGGGAGGAGAAGCGCUACCUGUAUGACAGCUUUGUGUCCUACAAUUCGGCUGAUGAAAGUUGGGUGUUGCAGAAGCUGGUGCCUGAGCUGGAGCGUGGCGCCUUCCGACUCUGCUUGCACCACCGUGACUUCCAGCCGGGCCGCAGCAUCAUUGACAACAUCGUGGAUGCUGUCUACAACAGCCGGAAGACGGUGUGUGUGAUGAGCCGCAGCUACCUGCGCAGCGAGUGGUGCUCUCUGGAGGUGCAGUUGGCCAGCUACCGGCUGUUGGAUGAGCGGCGUGACAUCCUGGUGCUGGUGCUGCUGGAGGACGUGGGCGAUGCUGAGCUGUCUGCCUACCACCGCAUGCGACGGGUGCUGCUGCGGCGCACCUACCUGCGCUGGCCUCUCGACCCCACAGCCCAGCCGCUCUUUUGGGCACGGCUGAAGAGGGCACUGAGGUGGGGAGAGGGAGGAGAAGAGGAGGAAGGAGAAAGUUUGGGUGGAGGGGCGGGAAGGCCCAGGGAGGGAGACAAGCAGGUGUAGUGGAGGUGUCAGCUGGCUGUAGGAUGGAGGAAGAUCAGCUGUAGGGUGGAGGACAACAGCUGGCCAAAAUGUGAAAGAGAACCAUCCAUAGAGUAGAGGACAACAGCUGGCCAAAGGGUGGAGGAGAACCGGUGAUAGGCUGGGCAGCAACUAUCCGUAUAGACAACCAGCUGUAGGAGGGGGUGCAACAGCUGCCCGUACAGAAGACUACAGCUGACCGUAGGGUUGAGGAGAACCAGCCAUCAGAUGGGGGACAACUGAUCAUAGGGUGGAAGACAACUAGCUGUAGAUGGGAGAAAAGCUGUCUGUAAGAUGGAGGACAUCCAACCGCAGGGCUACAGAGAGGAAAGCAACUGGCUGUGCAGAGGAGGAGAAGCAACCACAGAGAGAACCACAACAGGGCUUUUCUCAUCCCAGAAUGCCAGGUUUCCAUCCCAAAGGACACCAGAAUGGCCUUUCUCGCUCCACAUACUCAGAUCUGCCAACUCAGAUGACUGUUGAAAUUCUUAUGUACUGUAGAAUUAGAUUCUGAGAUUCCCCUCCAAACAGGCCCAAGAACAACCUUCCUCGCUCUAGACUGUUCCCCUCAAACUGGCUUUUCUUGCCUCGAAAUGCUUGUACCCAUCCCAAAGGACCCCCAAAGUGCUCUUCUCCCCCAGAGCAGAGUUUCUGGGAUCCCACAAGGCAUUGCCCCCCUGGGGUGCAGCAGGCUCUGUUGUGCACAGACAGGGGUCCCCAAUAAAGCGAGGCUACUCCGCUUCACUUGUCCCUUGCUCUGGUCAUAUGUGGGGUGAGGUGGAUUGGGAUGGCAUUUUAUGGGGCCAGACGAUGGCACAGUCAGAUGAGGGGAGCGCUGUGCCUGAGUUCUUUUUGGACAUUGUUUGGGAUUCUGGCUGCAAAAUGGGGGGAAAACAGAGAUUCUGAGCAAAGAGUGGGCUGAGGUGGGAGAGCCCAGGUGGUCUCAAACUCCCGCAAACCCUCUCAGUAUCACCAGAACCCCCUGGAGCUCCCCUUUCCCCCUUGGAAAGCCCUACUGUGCUCAGCCUCUCCUGCCUUCAAGGUUCCUCCAGGCCCUGCAUUCUCCUCCCAGAGUCCUGUUUUCCCUUCAAACACCUUUAAUAUCCCCAGAGACACCUGGAGUUCCCCCAGAACCACUCCAGAGUGCCCCAUUUACUACCCUCAGAGCCCUCUAUUGACAGGGAUGCGCUUUGUGGGAGGAAAGGCAUCCUCAAAAUCCUUGCUGAUGUGUUCUACCUAAGCUUGAAUCCAAAAGCAAAAGUGCUGUAGUAGUUUCAGGGUGGGUCUGUUUAUUGUUUGUUUUUGCCUCUUGUAAAAUUGAUGAGCAGCUUGGGAGAGGAAAGUUUAAAUUCUGGUACUGGGAGAAACAAAGGGAAAACGAAUGGGAGGAAGAAAGAAGACGAAGCCAGAUUCUUUGCAGCUGUGCCAAGGCAAGGGACAAGAGAGGACACAUUGAAAUACAGGAACUUCCAUUCACAUGGUCACACAUUGGGACAGGUUGCCCAAAGAGGUUAGAAAAGCGCCAUGUCUCUGGAUAUCCAAGUAUGGGAUGUGGUCCUGAGCCACCUCCUCCAGCUGGCCCUGGUUUGGAAGGGGAGAGUGGCCAGGUGAUGAUGGCCUGAAGUGGUUCACAGCUAUGCUAUAAAUACAUAAACAGGAGCUGCAUGCAGAACCACUUGCUUUACAUCUUUCCUUGCAUGGCAAUGGUUUCUGAGGGCUUUCCAGGAAACCCCAGCACAGCAGCAGGACCUCAGCACGACCAGAUGCACUUGUGGGACUCCCUGAAGCAGUGGGACACUGAGAGGAACAUUCCCAGGGUACCCAUGGCCUCGUGCUGGAAGAAGGAGCAGGAG